ACUGUCGCUCCGUAAACUUUCCCAAAAAUAAAUAGUAUUUAGCUGCAGUUCUCACGAAAACUUACUUCUAAUUGACAAACUAAGUGAAAUAAAGUGGUGGAAAUAGUAGUUGUCGUGCAAACAUUGAAAUCUACACAAAUAAGUGAAAGAAAACUGUGUGAUUUUUGAGGUUAAGUUUCUAAGCAUAGACAAACGGAUGCUUGAACUGUCAGUGACGAAUAACCGCCCUAGUGUCAUCUCGAAUGUUGCCAGCAAUUUAAAUCGGCUUACCCCAUUACUACCAUUACGUUCCAUUCUAAGCAAACAAAAAUAAAUACAAACAUGGAAGCCCAGUUUGAACUCUAUUUCGAGAAAAUGCAAAAAGAGAUGCACGCUCAAACUGAAGUUAUAACCACGAGAAUAACGGAAACUAUCGACACUAAAUUAAAGCCGUUAAUAGAAGAGAAUGAUAAAUUAAAGAAAAAAGUAGAUCUGUUAGAAAAGAAAGUGGAAUUCAUGGAGAAAGAGAAGAAAAGUAACAAUUAAUAAAUAAUAAUACACGGGCUAUGCGAAAGCGAAAAAUCUACAACUGAGUUAAUAAAUCAUGUACAAGAAAAGUUCCUGACAGAGUUAAAUAUAUCAUUAGAAGCUCUUGACAUCAACAAAAUCUAUCGCAUCGGUAAAAAUAAGAAAGACGAUAAACCAAGGCCAACACUCCUAUCUUUUGUGAGUGGAUGGAAAAAGACAGAAAUAAUGAGGAAUAAGAAUAAAUCUAAAGAACUAAAGCUCACGGAAGAUUAUUCCAAAGACAUUUUAGAAAGAAGGAAGGCAUUAAUGCCUCAACUAAUGGAAGAGAGGAAUAAAGGAAAUGUUGCGUACAUUAAAUAUGAUAAAUUGAUAGUGAAAGAAGCUACUAACACAAAAGAAAACAGGAAGAGGGAACUAUCAAUUUCCCCAUCAAAUAAUUCGCAGCCAAAAAAACAGCAAACCGCUACCCCACCAAUUAAUAAGAAAACAAACGCAUUCGACCUGAUGAGAGCUAGAUCUAGCUCAAAUUCCAGUGAAUAUGUGAGGCAGCGGUCAUCAAAUGAGCCGGACAAUUCAUCAUAGCAACUACCACCAACAACCAAAACAUCAGGUCCCAACCCGGCUGGUCCCCGUGGGACGUCAGACCACCACCCUCCAACCAAGGAAACAAACUUAACAACAACAAUUCCAAAUAGUAAACAACCAUCACCAACUGCAACCCAUCCAAAAAAUCUAACACCAAAGAAGAAAGAAACCCUACAUAUAUGCACACUAAACACCCGAACGUUAAGGACUGAAGAAAGUUUACAGGAACUUGAAUAUGCUCUCACAAAUAUAAGGUGGGACAUAUUAGGCAUCAGUGAGAUGAGAAGAGACGGCGAAGGAAUCUACGAACGCAGCAACUACGUAAUGUAUCACAAAGGCACGGCCGGCUACCAUGGAGUAGGAUUCCUAGUAAAAUCAAAGCAUAAAAACAAGAUCCUGGACUUCAUAGGAAUAUCAAACCGUCUUGCAAUACUCCGUAUGAAAAUACCUGGUAACAGAAAAGAGCUGACAAUAAUCCAGGUGUACGCUCCUACACAGCAAGCCAGCAAGGAUGAAAUUAAAUUUUUUUACAACACCCUAACAGAAGAAGUAAAAAAAUACUCUCGCAACAACCUGGUGGUCAUGGGAGAUUUCAAUGCUCAGGUCGGUCCUAGACAAGAAGGAGAAGAGUCAAUUAUGGGAAACUUUGGUUAUGGCAAAAGAAGUAUCAAUGGCCACAAAUUGAUUGGCUUCCUACAUGAAAACAAUUUAAUAUUAAUGAACUCCAUUUUCAAGAAAAAACAAAAAAGCAAGUGGACUUGGAUUUCCCCAGAUGGCAGAACUAAAAAUGAAAUUGAUUUUAUUUUAUCAAACAAUGCCAAACAGUUUAGCGACACAAGCAUAAUUCAAAAUCUCAACUUCAACACUAACCACCGCAUGGUACGCAGCUGUAUGAACUAUUGCCCACCCAAAAGCUCAAGAAAAAUGUUUAACAACAAAACAACAUUUAUAAAUAAGAACCUGACUGAACUGGGACAAAUCAACCUUAAACCUUUAACUGAAAUCGUAGAAUCUACGAGGCCACUAGCAGAAAAGUAUAGAGAAGUAGAAAAAAAUCUGACACAAUUAACAAAUAUGAAUACAAAAAAGACUAAAACACACGAAUUAAGUGAGACUACAAUUAAACUCAUGGAAGAAAGAAAAGCGAUCAUCUCAGAAAAGAACAAUAAAGACAGGAAGAAGAUAUCUAAUCUUAGCAAAACAAUAAGAAAUAACAUGAGGAAUGACAGGAAGUUAAAAAGACUACGAACUAUAGAGGAGCAUAUAAUAAGAACAGGCGGUACUAAGAAAGCGCUAAAA